CGUCUCGUACUAUGUUAAAGUAGUGCGCAUAUUCGCUAUAAUAAUAUUAUAAUUUAAAUUAGAUUUAAAUGUAUUUUGACAUUUAGUUACAUUUAACGUGUUUCUGAUUUUUGUAAUACAUUUUUUCAAUUCUGAUUUUCAAAUUAAUUCAUUUCUGAUUGAGGUUACGGUGAGUUUGCCGUGCGGAGGGAUAUACCAGCUCUUCCGCGCGUCAAAAUAUUGGCGUUAAAGAAGUAGGGGCGACCUCUCUCAAAUACAGAGUACAAGCGAGUGGGAGAAGCACAGUGUUAUGGUAAAUGGAACGGUAAUUUAGGGCAUUAGCGUAGCUACAUUUAUUGUGCGCACGCGAACUGCCUUCUUUCUAGCAUAAUACUACACGAGUUGGGAUUUGCAUUUUCAGCGCCUGAACUAUCUGAUCAAAAAUUCAGUUUUUUUUUUCUUGCCUUUUUCCCGGCAUUAUUCUGGUCGGACUCUUUCAAGUACAGCAUACCGACGACUCAGCCUUGCGACGGAGUUAGGGAUCGGGAUCUGUCUAGUUAGCGAGCUAACUAGACCGUUAUCUACGAGAGCGACUGCUGUUCAUAAUCUGGAUCUAAUUUUCUUUCACUGACCUCUGAUCACAGGACUUCGUUGUUGCAGCUGGCCGUGGGAUUUGUUUUACAGACGUUUUAGCUAAUAUGUUGCUGUCCAAGUUUGGUUCCUUCUCUCAUAUUUGCAGUCCAACCAGCAUGGAUCACUUGCCGGUGAAAUUACAGCUUCAACCAGUUAAAGUUGAGAGGGAGCCAUUUGAUAAGGUCUACCAGGUGGGAUCCGUACUUGGGAGCGGUGGAUUUGGGACUGUCUACUCCGGUUGUCGGAUUUCAGACGCCUUGCCGGUCGCCGUUAAACAUGUGGCGAAGGACCGAGUCACAGAGUGGGGUUCGAUAAAUGGUGCGAUGGUGCCUUUGGAGAUCCUCUUGAUGAAGAAAGUGGGCUCCAAUUUUCGUGGAGUUAUAAAGCUACUGGAUUGGUAUGAGAGACCGGACGGUUGGCUGAUCGUAAUGGAAAGACCCGAGCUGGUCAAGGAUCUGUUUGACUUUAUUACCGAGAAGGGUGCCUUGGAUGAAGAGACGGCGAGGGGUUUUUUCCGACAAGUCCUGGAAGCCGUCCGACACUGCUACAAUUGCGGGGUGGUGCAUAGAGACAUCAAAGACGAAAAUCUACUGGUGGACUUGCGCACCGGAGACCUCAAGCUUAUUGACUUUGGUUCGGGGGCGAUUCUCAAGGACACUGUAUACACUGAUUUCGACGGUACGAGAGUGUAUAGUCCUCCAGAGUGGAUCCGCUACCAUAGAUACCACGGGCGCUCUGCAACAGUGUGGUCGCUAGGUGUGCUGCUGUACGACAUGGUCUGUGGAGACAUCCCUUUCGAGCAGGAUGAGGAGAUCCUUCGGGGCCGGCUGUACUUCAGGAGGAUAGUGUCUGCUGAGUGCCAGCUAUUGAUCAAGUGGUGCCUCUCUCUGAGGCCUUCCGACCGACCCACACUUGAGCAGAUCUUCGACCACCCGUGGAUGCGCGCACCAGGCGACGCAAAAACAGAAAAGUGCAAAAUUCAUCUGCGGACCAUCGAGACUGAAACGUCGAGCACAACCUCCAGCAAGGAGAGUCUUUGAGGCCCCAAGUGCUGGAGGUGAAAGCGGGUGGAGUGUAGUCGGGGCCUGAACUGUGGGUCUUCAGUCCCACCACACCAGGGCUGCCAGAACUUUCCCCUUUUGUCGGGAUUUUUUUUGGUAUAAUUUUUAUUUUUUAUUUUUUUAACUUAUUGUUUCCUCCUGGGGAACACUUCCUGUUUGGGUGUUUUUUAUUUUUAUUUUUUACCAGCACUUAUAUUUAUUAAAUCAUUUUUCUUUUUAUUUUUUUUUUGAAAGUGCUACAAGGCUGGUUUUUGAAUCUGGCAACCCUCCUACUCAGACAUGCUGGCUGCUCUCAUAGAGCUUGGACAAUUUUACUUUAAAUGUUACCGUUUUUGAUUUUGAGUGCCUUUUUGAAAGCUGCUUUUGUGGGGCUUUCAUCCUUUGGUUUACCCAGUGCAUGGUUGUACGUUGCGGUUGGGUAGGGGUAGGGGUGGGGGUUUUGCGAGGCCUUACUCACCUUGCCCACUGUAUGCAGUUAACGAGCUAACGCUGGGUCACGUGACGGGGGAGGCGGGGUGCCGCUUGCUGAAGAGCGGACUACUUGAAACGCACACCCACUCACACUGCUGCUGCUCACUCCCACUUCAGCAACACUGAAGUGAUCCAAACGGGCUCCUGGUAUGGUUUCUCUAACUGAAUGAAUACUGAAGAGGAUGACUCCUCCACCCAUCUCACAGACACACACACAGACACACACACACACACACACACACACACACACACACAUACCCAUACCCACACACACCUACCCCUGUCUUUUCCAACACACUGCUGACACAGCUCAUGAGGCGUGCAUCUGCUGGGCCUUGGGUGUGAAAUGCACAAUCAAUGCAAUAGUCAUGGACUCAAUUAUGUAUUUUUUAAAUUACAAAUAUUGUAUAUUGUAAAAAAAUUUUCCCAUGUAUUUAUUUGUUUUGUUUAGACAUUCCACACACUGUGGGUAUUUAUUUAUUUAUUUUCAUAUCUGCUUAAGGAAGAAUUAAUUCUUAGAACUACAUUCUUCACAAGGCUGUUUGCAUUCCUGUUUAUUUUUAUUUGGAAAAACACUAAUAGUGAAUCUGCUGAUGUCUUUAGUAGAAAAAAAAAGGAAAUGCAUAGGGUUUACUUUAAUUGGAAAGCAACCGAAUGUUAAUUAAUUUCAUCCUCUAAUCUAAGGUGAUGUCGCACCUGAGAUGGCUGUAUCUGAAAUGUAAAGUAAUGCUGUUUGGGGGGGGGGGGGGAUUUUGCAUUAUUGUAUAUGUAUGUCUCCAUUCAUUCAAUACUUGACAGGAAUAUAUAAUUUUUGGGAAAAAUUGUAUGCUAGUAAUAGUUGCAUUGCAGCCUGCUAUUGGAGAUGUAAUUCUUUCCUUUUUUUUUCUUUUUUUUCUUCCAAUUUAGCCGUGUGAAAUACAAUGAUGGAGAGCCUAUUUUUUUAUACAGAAAUUUUAAUUAAAACUUUUUUGUAUAGAA